AUGGAAUGCUGGGCUGAAAAAUGGGCGCAUCCUAUGAAAAUGGGGCCAUUCAGGAAAAAGCACCGAAGCCAGGGCCCGCGCCGCUCGCCCCGGCCGCCAAAGCAAGUGUCAGCGGGAACGCCCGGGAGAGGAGGGAAGGAGGCUCCGGCGGAGGCGUCAACAGCUGCUGCCCACCGGGUCGGGGGGCGCCAGCAGGUACAGGUGCCGCAGGCCCGCGGACACGCCCCAGGGCCAGGUGCCGGCGCCGAGCACGGGGCCCCAGGCCGGGCGGGAGCCGGGGUCUCCGUCAGCAGCGCGCUCCCCACCGCGCUCCGGCUCAGGCCGGGCACGAAAACGCCCCCGAGCGCCUGCUGGAAGUUUUCAAGGGCUCAAGCACAAAUCCGCAGCCCCCCGAAGUGCGCCGGGAGACCUCCGUGCCGCCGCGGGGAGGAGGAGGCGGAGUCCCCGGGGAGUCCGGGCCGGCGGGCAGCGGGAGACCGCGGGCCCGGGCCCGGGGCGCUUCCGGCCGGGGCUCGGAGGCCGCGAGGAGCGAGGCCGCGGCCACGGGGCCGGGCGGGGGACGGAGGGGGGGGGCGCCCCGACCACCCCUCCGCGGCCGCCGGGUGUGCCCGCCCCGCGCCCCGCGCCCUACCUCGCGCCGCGGCUCCUCCUCUUUGUUCGCGGCCCCGCAGCGGCGGCGGAGACCGAGGCACGGGCGGCCCCGCCGCGCCCGCCGCUCGCAGGGUCUCUGACGCGGCGGCGGCGCCCGGAGACUCCUCGCCGCCGCCCCACUCACGCGCGCACGCCGCCGCCACCUCCCACUUUCCCAGCCGGGAGGGCGGGGGAGGGUCCCUGCCCCGGGCCCAGGGGGCGACCCCGCACCACCGCGCCCCGCCCCGGGCAGGAGGGGCGACCCCGCACAGCUGCGCCCCGCCCCCGGGCAGGAGGGACGACCCUGCACAGCUGCGCCCCGCCCCGGGCACGGGGGGGCGACCCCGCACCGCUGCGCCCCGCCCCCGGGCACGAGGGGGCGACCCCAAACCACCGCGCCCCGCCCCGGGCAGGAGGGGGCGACCCCGCAACCACCUGCGCCCCGCCCCGGGCACGAGGGGGCGACCCCGCACCACUGCGCCCCGCCCCCGGGCACGAGGGGGCGACCCCAAACCACUGCGCCCCGCCCCCGGGCACGAGGGGGCGACCCCAAACCACUGCGCCCCGCCCCGGGCACGAGGGGGCGACCCCAAACCACCGCGCCCCGCCCCCGGGCACGAGGGGGCGACCCCAAACCACUGCGCCCCGCCCCCGGGCAGGAGGGGGCGACUCCAAACCACCGCGCCCCGCCCCGGGCACGAGGGGGCGACCCCAAACCACCGCGCCCCGCCCCGGGCACGACUGGGCGACCCCGCACCGCCGCGCCUCCCCACCCCGUACCCCCGCCGCAGGCGCCCCUUCCUCCCCGCCCAGGUCCCUGCCCCGCCCGCCCCGGGCACUAGGGGUGGCGGCCGGAGGGGGCGCUGCGGAAGCCGCGAGCCCAGGAAGCGGGGUCCCGGGAGCGAGGGAGGUGGGCCGUUCGUGAGGGAAGCUGGCCUGGACGAUGAAGCCGCGGGGAGGCGGGGCGGGGGUGGGGGGGAGCGUUGGGAGUGGCGGGGAGUGAAGAGGGAGACGCCACCGGGCGGGGCCCACGUCCUCCUCCUGCCCGGGGGUGCCCGGGGGUGCCCGGGGCGGGAGGGGCGCGAGGGGAGAGGGCCGGGGCCGGAACGGACCUCACCUCCUUGGCGGCUGUCCGCCCGGCGCUGUGGAGACGCUUGGUGGAGCGAGCGUGGGGUGCGGUGCGUGACCCCGAGGCCCGAGAGAGGCUCCCCUGUGUGGGAGUCACAGGGGGACAGCCCCGGGGCAGCUGUCCGUCCCCGGCAUCACGCGGCCUCCCGGGGCACAGACCUCAGCAGACCCAGAGACAGACCCGGAGGGCAGAGGCGAGGAUAA